CUGGACAGUGAGGGUCUUUUGACUCACCGGCAGACCCAAUUUGGUGAGUGUAGUUCAGGUCGAUGUUGGGCGAUCUUCAUAAUCUCUUCAUCUCGAUGUUGGAUAUUACCACAUGCAUAUGUAAGUAUUCUCUUGAUGUUGUAUAGUUUCUCACCAUCUCUACACCUCACCAUCGCACAGUUGUUCGCAAUCGCUGCAGCUUGCUAUUGGUAGCUGGCUGUCUUGCACUUAUAUUAUCUCCUUCGUUUGAAUCCUCUUUACUAAUCUUUCCUUGAAAAAGCAUCUACUUGUCAGAAGUUAAAACAUCAACACGAUUGCUUAGAGCAUCUCCAUGAGUGGAUGCUUUGGUUGUGGCGGGUCAGAUGGCUUUACACCUCGUUUUCUCACCUCCACAUGUUAACGUCACAAGUUUCUGGUAGAACAGUCACUUUCAAUCAAACUUCCAUGUCUUACACAAAUGCCUCAACUAUCUUGACAACGCUAUUUAAUUUCUGCGCAGCCACCGAUCUUUGAGUGCUGACAGUGCUGCCUUCAAUUGAGCGGCUAUGGCUUCGUUGAUUGUGUGAAGUCAAUACGAACCCUUCGCAACUAAUUUGUUCGCAGGAUACUCGAAGUUUGAAAGAUAUGAACUCAAGCCUGAACAGGGUACCCCCGUUUGCGUUUGUUGUGGUUUUAGGCUGCAACGACAUGCCGAUCGUGAUCCCAUUUCACAACUCACAAACUUCCAAUCUCGGGCUGUUGCCGUUAUAGGUUCAGCACGAAAAAAAUAAAGAAGGAGAAGAACGAAGUUGGUACAAUUCGCAUUCCUGAGGACUUUAUAACUCCCGGAACGUUAAUAAAACUACCGGGGCAUGGGAAUGCUGGCUUUGACGACGAUACGGAGAGCGCGAGGGGUUGGGUUUGGGGGCUUCAGAGAGGUUGAUGCCAUUUCAUGGAUUGAGGUGGGGUAGUCCAAUGAGAUGGGUGGAGAGCAACUGCGUAUUUCCAGCAGAAAGGCACCAGCAGAAGGAUUUGUAGGUUUUGCUUUUAUAAGUAUCGACGAGAAGCCAAGGAUCUGUCAUCAUUUCUGCUUUUUGGGGUUUGGAUAAGAGUUGGUGAUAUUGGGCGAGUUUGAUUUCAAAAGAUGAACUCGUCGAGUUGCGUAAGUAAUGUGUUGGUGCGACUCGCCGGGAGCUACCAGGCACUUGCACUGAGGGCUGAGGUGUAGGGGAGGAGCUUCAGUGUGUGCGGGCGCAGCUAAUAGUCGCAGCAUUGCACCACCAACAUUUAUCUGAGUCGUCUUGGAAAGGUGGGUUCAGUCUUCGGCUAAGCUCAUUUAGGAGGAGUUGCAUUGAGGGGAGGCAGUGUAGGCUGAGUGUUUUGGUGCCCUCGGAGGAAGAAGAAGAGGAUGGAGUCGAAUGCGGAACACACUUGUAUGUACAGUGCCGCUGCGAAUGAAGGGCCUUCGGAGUCACAAUCCUCACCUGAUGCGCCGAAACCUAAGCACGGUGUCAAUAUGUUCGUCAAGCUGAUUCCGAGACUUUUACCAGUUGCAGUGAUCGGAAUUGCAUUCUGGAUAACAAAGUAUCUGAAUAGUACUCUUGCGGGUAUCAAGGCACCAAACUUCGCAGUCGAAGGAGAGACUGCGCCAGGAGGGGCUUCACGUCAAGUGAUUGCCAAAGCUGGAGGAAUAGUUGCAAGUGCCUGGACUGGAUUGGUGGCGGGUGGUCUGCACACAUUAACAGGGCCUGACCAUUUAGCCGCUCUUGCACCUCUUUGCAUCGGCCGAUCGAAGUUACAGAGCUUCUCUGUGGGCACUCUAUGGGGCUGCGGCCACGAUGCAGGUCAAAUCAUCUUCGGCAUCAUCUUCCUCCUGCUAAAAGACAGCGUCUGCGCUUCUCAUUGCAGGUUGCACCUCGACAUCAUCCACACAUGGGCAGCCCGUGUAGUUGGACUUACCCUCAUCACAAUCGGAGGAAUGGGAAUCAGAGAGGCACAAGAGAUCGAUGCCGCGGCGUCAGUUUCAGCCGAGGGAGAAAUGCCAACUGAACCCCUAAAGGUGACUGUUGGGUCCGCAACGUUCAUCACCGGCAUCGUCUACGGGCUCCAACCCGACGCGCUCUUGAUGAUCAUACCCGCGCUGUCGCUACCUACGCGAGCAGCCGGGGCCGCAUUCUUGAGCACCUUUUUGCUGGGCACAGUCCUGGCCAUGGGCAGCUACACCGCCUUCGUGAGCUCUGUCAGCCAGGCCUUGCAAAAACGGGUCCCCAAGAUAACGCAUCUGCUCACUCUUGCAUCUUCUUCAGUCGCCAUAGCUCUCGGCACCGCAGUCUUGCUGGUCGAACCCUUUGGUUUCAGUCUCUUCUGAUCCACCUUUUGCUACGAAACUUGCAGCUCCCACCUGCUUUGUCCGUUCGCAAGUGCCUGCUGAUUUCGGCCAUACCGUUGUUUCUUUUUGGAACAGAGAACACACAUUCUUUCAAGUCUAAGAUAGCUCUAGUAUAUAGACUAUGGAGCUAGAACAGACAGUUACUUAGCACCAUGAUCGAGGUUAGUUAUCGAUCUUGCGGCUGUUUUUGCAGUUUACAAGGCUGUUGUUGUGACUUUUUGUGGUUGUGUUACUGGCAAUUUGUUCGGUUUUCUGAAGCUUGAAGAUUUUGUUUAGUGCA